GAAAACAAGUCGCAGAGUAGGAUCCGGUGCUUCGUCAUUAUAUCCACUCGCUGAAAAUUUAUUGAAAGAGUGGAUAGUUGAACGACGUCAAAAAGGAAUAGCAGUCACCUCUAAGGAUGUUAAAUUUCAUAUGACUAACUUACUCUCUAAUGAGUUUAAGUUAUCAUACUCUAAUGCUCUUAAUACCUUUAAAGCAUCAGACCUAUGGCUUAAUCUUUUUAUGAAUCG